AGAAGAUCCCUCAAGGUCGGAAUUUCACGCGUAAAAUGAGAUUUGAGGAGGACAAUGCGGCUCGCUUCACCCCGCAGCUCGUGAGCCGGCUGAGCUUAAGCCCCGCUCCACGGCCUUCAGCACGGCCGCGGGGUACUUCGGCCAAUUCGACCGGACGAUCUUUGGCACGGCGGUGCCGCAGAUCCAAAGCCCGGAUCCGAAGCACCGGGCGACCGGGAGAGCGGGCGGUCGCGCGUGUCGCGCGUGUCGCCGACGGCGCACCGUGGAGUUGGGAUUCGAUCGAUGAACUAUAGCACCAGUUCACCAUAGUUUGGAAAUGUUUGGAAGCAGCUGUCAUAUUCUGAAGCAAGAAGGAUAUUGCUAAGAAGGAUUAUGCUCUCUUGCAGAAUCCUUCGAAAUCGUGGCCGGUCGGGGGCAGCAUGGCGUCUCAAAUCAGCCUAAGUGGGAGCAAGUCGAAAGCAGCUGACAGCUGUGAUCACAAAUGAGCCUCAUUGGUUGAUCUUUUUUUGAAAGGACGCUACUAGGGGCUCCUGGCCAUACUACUAGGAACAAGGACACUACUAGGGGCUCCUGACAUCGCUACUAGGAACAAGGACGCGAGCCACGUGAACUUGGCACAUCCAAGGUGAUUUCGGCCUGUCAGAUGCUGAGAUGAGCUAUGCUGCAUCCUUUGUGGGUCUAGCUGCCGUGCUGGCCUGCGCGGUAUCCUGCCUGUCGGACAAGUUUGGGCGAGCUCGAGUGCUAACCUGGACAUUGGUGCCAUAUACACUGGCGACGGCAUGCACGGCCAUCUCCCAGGGCAUCGUCACCUUUGCUUUUUUCCAAUUCUUGGCACAAGCAUUUAUCACAGCUGAAGGCAUUAUCUCACAUGUGAUGGUGCUCGAGGAGAUGCCUGCAGACAGCCGGGGGUGGGCUAUUGGUGCUCUGAACACGGGCUCCGCCUGUGGUGUUGGUUUAGCUUUGCUUCUCUUUGGGAUCUCAAAUGGCGCGUGGCGUUUAAUGUAUGCGCUCUCCAUUCUGCCCCUUCUUGGAGUUGGAUAUGUGCGGCGAGCAUUGCCGGAGACCAGGCGCUGGGCAUCCCUGAAAGAUACGUCCCUUUCGGCAGACACUCAUGACCCUGGAGGUUUGCAGCUCCCAGCUGUCAAUAUUGGCUCUCCGGGUGGUGAUUUCCUUGGGCUGCAUCACGAGCAUGAGGAAAGGAGUAGCAGCUCACCAUCGAAGUGCCACAAGCAAUUGGAGCAGGUGAAGCAACAGCAUGUGGCCAUCUUGGCCACAACCUUCCUCGGCAGCUUGUUCCCAAGUUCUGCCAACUUCAACGUCUCCAAACACAUCCAGGUAGUACACGGCUUUGGUGCGACCGGCUAUGCCAAGCUCUCAUUUAUUGGAGGCUUUUUGUCACUGUCAGCCUUUGCCUUGGCGGGCUACUUCGGUGACCGCUACGGGCGAAAGAAACUGGGCAUUCUGGGCAUCCUGCUCAAGACCCUGGUGGAUGUAGCAUUCUACAGUGUAGCUGCAGGCGCUGAGUCAGUGUCUUUGAUUGUGAUUCUAUUCUGCAUUCGCGUGGCCCUGGGAAUGGCACUGGACACCAACUUCCAGGCUCUUUCGGGUGAAGUCUUCCCAACGGAAAGGCGCACCAGCGCCCAGGGCAUCUUGGUGCUGAUCGGCGGCUUGGGUGGUCCCUUAGGACUGCUCUUCUCCACGCGGCUUGUGCCCUAUGUGGGGACCACGGCAGCUGCUGCCAGGCUUCUUGCCUGUGGCCAGCUGAUCUGUGCAGUGAUCCUGUGCCUAUGGCUUCCUGAGACAAGGGGACGUGAACUCGAAGAAAUCAAUAGUUGAAAACAUGGCGCCGCUGUGGAUGUUGUGGACACGGAGGA